AUGACCAUGUCGCAUCUACUGAAGCAGACUAAAAAAUGCUGUGCGAAGAUUAUUCGCAAACUCUCCUUCAACCCAGUCUCCGCCACCAACGGAAGCAGUGCGGCCGAUCUAUCACCCACCAACAACGGUCACGGGCUAAACAAUCGCAUUACAGCCAAGUACGUCCUGCACAAAAACUGCACACCAACCCGGUGUAAGGUGCAACCGAGAGAUGCGAGCGUCGUCGAUGAUGUUGCUGUCGAAGGGUGGAUGGAAACGCGAAUUGCGCAGGACAAUGGAUUCUAUCCACUGGGCGAGGGAGGAUCUCCAAACCCAUCCCCACCGCCCAUUCCCGAAACGCAGAACAACUACAAGUUAAGCCGAAGCAUGAAAAACCUGCCGAAAAAACGCACCAACAUUACCAGCAACAAGAACGUUAAUCUUCGCAAAUGCUUUCGACUUCGCUCGAAAACUUUCGAAGGCCCGCUAACGGAGGGUGUUUCGAUGGAUCGAACCGGGGCGGAAACGCUCGGAAGCUCACCCUCCAUUGUUGACGGAAGUGGAGUGGGGGGUGAACGGCGAGAAGUCGUGGUCGCCGACUCUAUGACGCUUGCAAGCAAUAACAGUAGUAGCAGAUUGAUCGGUGCAAAGCUGGACAAGAUCAGCAAGAGCUUGAUGCGUGCUGGCGAUGGGGAAGGAUCGCUAGACAUUGCGAAACCUUUGUUCCUGUCGGCGAGCAAGCAUCGGCGCAGUAACUACAAUCACAUCGAGGGUGAUGAUGAGGACACAGCGAGAGGUGGUGGAGAGGGUGAUCUUCAAGCGCGUUGGAGACAGGAUGAAGAGCUAAUUCUAACGUCGGCGGGUAGUACAACGACUCUGGGAAGGAGAGAACAUCGGCUCGAGCAAGAAACAACCCUGUCCACGAUGGUAGAGGAGGAUCCUGCUGGACAGACCCCGUCGGUGAUGGAGCGACUGACGGUAGCUGAGACGGCCGCUGCGCUUCUCUUUGAGAAGGUUAAGUACGAUCGCACCAAGCGUUACCUGAUCGAUCAGCUUACGGAGAGUACUGGUGGUGGAGGAGGAGGAGGAGGAGUAGGAGGUGGUACACCGAGCUCUUCGUCCUGCUGUUCAUCACCCUUCCAUUUGGCGAAAAGCGAAGACUUUGUCGACCCGUGGAAGAACUACAACAUCCGCGGAGGUGCCAGCUGGGAUAAGGUUACGAAGAGUCCGUGGGAUUCUUCCGCCAAACCGAGCCCUGUACGUGGUGGUGGUGAUGGGUGUAAAGCGCCCAUCGCACAAGUAUCGCUAGAACUCCCGCAACAACAACACACCGUCCCGGCGUCGUACCAUCAGCAACCGAUGCGAACACACUGGAAUCCGUUCGAGUAUUCACCGGCGCAUCUGGCACGGCUUGCGAGUGCUGGGUCCCAGCAGACUCCACCAUCACACCAGCCCCAGCAGCAGCAGCAGCAGUACCGGCCAGCAUUCCAGGUGCAAACGGACGUGUGGGAGAAUCUCAACAGCAAACACUACGAGAUCGAUACGGAUGUGGUGUGGCGAUCGACCCGUUGCUCUUCCCGGCGUACCAGCGCCAGCACGGUGGAGACGUGGAUCGACGACGAAACGUUCGACAACUCGUUCAACGAGGAGCUGGAGCGUCGUUGUGCUACGCUCAAGAUCUGCGAGUAAGUUUGCAAGCAGUAGUAGUA